AUGAGCACCUUCCCCGACCGUGCCACGCCAGAGCAGUGGGCCGAGUGGCUUCGGGUGCCGCUCGAGCACGCCGCCGCACAGGGCAGCCUGGUGCUGGUGGACAAGUUGCUCGGAGCCGGGGCGGACGGGAGCGCCAAUUAUAAGGGCUGUGCCGGGCGAAUUCUCCGGCAGGCUGCCGCUGUCGGUGGAAGCAAAGGCGUGGUGUCCUCCUUGCUUCGAGCACGAGCUCAGCCAGACGUGAACGAGUUCGUUGAUGAUUUGAGCGUGCUACAUGAGGGCCAUCAACCCUUUCCCAACUUUCGCUCGCCGCUGUACCAGGCAACACUGAACGGCCACGAGGCUACUGCGAGGCUACCCAUUCUGGCUGGCGCGAAUGUCAACUUCGUGGACCUCUGGGGAGGGCAUAGUGUGAUUAUGAGCGGGGCGGACGUGCGGGCACACGACUCGCACGAUCGCACCCCUCUUCAUCUGGCAACUAUGGAAGGCUUGGACGGGAUUGUCUCCCCCCUCGUGUUCCGGGGGGUGGACAAGGAUGCAGUGGAUAAAUAUGGACGUUCUGCGUUAAUCAUCGCGUCCUGUGUUGGUGACAAGGCUCACUCGACUGUCGACGAGACUCUUUUGGCCGCUGGUGCUGACUUAAGCAUCCGAAAUAACUUUCGAGCUUCGGCUCUGGACUCGGCUUCUUUACAUGGGCACGUUCCCACUAUACACGCUCUCGUUCGGCAUGGGGUGGCAAUUCUUGUGAUGACCGCGGCGACAGCGCUCUGCACAAGGCUGCUUUCCAAAAUCAGGCGGGUUCGGUCGACGCCCUGA